UCUCUUCAUCUCUCCACCUUUGUCGCCUAUCUGGCUCCCUCCCCUCGUCUUACGGCCUAUUUGCUACGGCAAGGCAAGCUCAAGCUGCCCACAAUGGCCCUCAUGAACGUCGAUCAAGUAACUCCCUCCAAACCGGUUGAAAAGACUCCCGAUGUACUCGUGACCCCUUGCGAUCCAUGGCCUGCGCCUUACUAUUUGGAUGGUGGUUUCCGUCGUGUCACGCCAUACCAUUACACCUAUAACACCAACUGCAAGGAGCGAUGGCGGGGUCGCCAGCUGGUCGAGAUCUUCACUUCGGAGUUUCGCGAUCGGAAGCCAGAAUACUAUAGGAAAGCCCUGGAGAAUGGCCUUGUACAGGUUAACGGUGUGACAGCCCGCCCCGAAACGACUCUUAAAAACGGCCAGGUCAUCUCACACACCCUCCACCGCCACGAACCGCCCGUUACAAGCCUUCCUGUUGGAAUCAUUCACGAAGACGAUGACCUCAUGGUCAUUGAUAAGCCUGCUGGUGUACCAGUGCACGCCGCGGGUCGAUACCACUUCAACACCGUCGUCGAAAUCCUGCGCUCCGAGCGCAGCUCCGAAUGGUUACCUCGCCCAUGCAACCGACUUGACCGAUUGACAUCUGGAAUCAUGUUCAUUGGAAAGCAUGCCAAGGGCGCCGAGAAAAUGGCCGCCGCGCUCAAGGCCCGGUCCGUACAGAAAGAGUAUGUCGCGCGCGUGAAGGGCAAGUUCCCAGACGGCGUAGUUGUCUGCGACCAGCCAAUCAUGCAGGUUAGCCCGAAGCUGGGUCUCAACCGCGUGCGCGCCACCGGCAAAGAAGCGACAACCAAGUUCCGUCGCUUGGCUUACUACCCUCCCGAGGCAGCAAAGGAGACCGAGUCUUCUAGCGACGACGAGCGUCCCGCUACCCCGCCCGCAACAUUCGCCAAUGAGUCCGAGGGCUACAGUAUUGUGCACUGUUUCCCGCUAACAGGCCGUACCCACCAAAUUCGCGUCCACCUCCAGUUCUUGGGCCACCCGAUCACCAACGACCCUAUCUACUCGAAUCGCCGUGUGUUCGGGCCUGAUCUUGGCAAAGCCGAGGUGACCGCAGAGCGCGAUGAAGAGAUUGUCGCGCGGUUGUCUCUCAUGGGUAAGACCGAGAUCCCUGAUACCGUUUCGUACCGCACACACCUGACCGCGGCGCCGAACGUCCCGCCCAAUACCGACCCGGUGCUUGUCAACGAGAUCAUGUACCGUGAGCAGAUGGCCGCAGCUGAGGACUACACGAAGCGCAAGGGCGAGCGUCUGUCCGGCAACCUUUGUGAAAUCUGCGGCACAGAGCUGUACUCGGACCCGGGUCCCCAUGAGCUGGGUAUCUUCUUGCAUGCUGUUGCGUACUCCGACCGAGAUGGUGAUUGGGCUUACCGCAGCCCCAUGCCUCGCUGGGGCUUGCCUCCUGCGGGCAUGGAGGGUCCCCACGGGUGUCCCGCCUGGGUUCCUGCUGCUGAAGGCGAGGAAAUUGUCAUUGGCCAUGGGACUAUUCCGGCUGGCUUGGGUGAUGAUGACCAUGCUGCAGAUGCAAGGUCUGGCACUGUGCUUCUGGAAGGCGUUGGUCUCGUUAAUCUCUCCGAGGCGGCGAGGAUGAACGAGUCUGCCGGUGAAGUCACGGAGGAAGCUGCGCCUACGAACUAA